ACAUUUUAUAAUUUCUCGGUCUUCAAAAUUUUAGUAAUAUAUUACAAAGCAUAAUAAAAUAUUCAUAUUUGUUAUAAAUGUAAAGAAGGAAAUGUUUAAUUAUCUAUAAUGAAUACAUGUUCAAUUACUCUGACACAUAUAUCACAAAGUCCCAUUGAAGAGAUAUCACAAAAGAUAAAAGAAACAAAGAAAAAAUCAGAAUCUGGUACUCAGACUCUACCAAGGCCUCCUACGAAAGGAAAAUUUACGCAGAAUUCAAGCUUAUCCAGAUGUUCAGGCAAAGGCAUAAAACAAAUAACACCAAACCAAAAACCAAGACGACGCAAGUUUAAACUUAUGGAUUGGAAGCGCUACCACAAACUAAAUGUAAUAUACAGUUUCUUGGACGAACUGGAGCAAGACUUUCCAGCCAUAUGUACAGUAUCAGUGAUUGGAAAGUCCGUAGAGAACAGGGAUAUCAAGAUGCUGAAAAUAUCAAAUAGUGACGCGACGAACACCGCGGUAUGGCUGGAUGCUUCAAUACACUCCAGAGAAUGGAUCAGUACAGCGGUGGUGACCUACCUGGCCGAUGUGAUCGUGAGGAAUUUCAAGACUCUAUCGAAAAAUAUCACCAGUCAAGACUGGUAUAUUGUGCCUGUAUUGAAUCCGGAUGGGUACGAAUAUACACACACCCGAGAUCGAUUGUGGAGGAAGAACAGAGCCGGCUUCAUGGGAGAGGGGGUGGGGGUUGAUUUGAACAGGAACUUCAGUUUUGGCUGGGGUAAUAAUGGCGAUGAAGGUUCAUCAGCAAACCCCAGUAAUGUGUUCUACAGAGGACCGGCUCCCUUUUCGGAGCCAGAAAGUGCUGCUGUCAGGGACACGAUUCUAGGUUCCUCGUCGCAGUUCAAAGUAUUCCUGUCGUUCCACAGUUACUUCGAGCAGAUCCUAUUCCCGUGGGGUUAUAAGUGUGAGCCGUGCCCAGACUAUCUUCAGUUGAUGGAGGCUGGUACAGUGAUGGCAAGGGCAAUUUACGAAACCACAGGAAUGAUAUACAAAGUUGGAAGUACCAAGGACCUGACGUACUACGCGUGCGGCACCAGCACAGAUUGGAGCUAUGCCAUUGCGAAGAUACCAUAUUCUUUUAUGAUAGAGCUUAGAGGACGGAAGCAUCGAUUCCGGCUUCCGAAAGACCAGAUACUCGACACGUGUUGUGAGAUUUGGAGCGCCGUGUCAAGCCUAAUGGACUUUAUUGGGUCGACAAAAAGUAAAAAGUCGCAUGUCAAUAAAAACAAUGCAAAACCAUGUUAACCUGUUGUGUGUGUAAAGCAAUAAUUGUGUAUAUAAUUAUGUAAACAAUGUGAAAUGUAUAUAAUGUGAACAAU